AUUCUGACACAACUGUUAUUGAUUCAUUAACAUACAAAUUGGAAAUUUUAUGUGAGGUUAAAUUCUUUUGUGUCAUAAAGCGUAGCACUGUCUUGAGAAAGAAAUUAGACAAGAAAGUGAGAAAAUUCAUUUCUUUACGAAACUUUUCCACGAUAUACGUUCUUCAGAUUUUUGAAAAAUCAACCUUACGAUUAAAAGCUUCUAGCAAUUCAACGAUGUCUUUACCUGUAGCUAGUACCUUCGUGGACGGAGAUUGUGCUCGUACAAAGAUCAAAGUGGAUAAAUUUAUUUUCACAUGGACAGUGGAGAAUUUCAGUAUUUGGUGCAAGAAUAUGGGCGAUCCAAGAGAAGAUUUAGUAUCUCCAAUAUUUUCGUCUGAUGCUGAUAAUAAAUUGAAAUGGCACCUCCAACUGAAAAUCGUGGAUGAGAAAAAGUUAUCAUUAUAUUUAAUGUUCUCACAUUCAAGCAAAGCAUCCGAAGUUAAAGCAAAAUUUAACUUCCACAUAUUAAGUGCAAAAAAGGAAGCAGAAAAUGUCCGCGAGGCAACAGAAGUGUAUCUUUUUAAUGCAAAACAACGGGCUUUUGGUUUUCACUGCUUUAUAUAUACCGAUGAUUUAUUAAAUAGAGCCGACAAUUUGUUGCCUAACGAUGAGCUGACGAUUGUUUGCGAGAUUGGCGAGGUGAACGCCGUUAAUAUCUCUGACGAAUCGAAAAACGUAAAGAGUAAAUUGAUCGAAGACGAAUUGAGUAAAAAUCUUGGAAAUCUAUUCGUGAAUGAAAAAUGCAGCGAUGUGGCAUUGGUUGUAGGUGAAAAUGAACUCAAGGCUCACAAACUUAUACUAUCUGCUCGUAGCGAGGUUUUUGCUGCUAUGUUUGAACACGAAAUGGAGGAAAGCAAACUCAACCGUGUCGUCAUAACCGAUAUCCACCAGGAAGUGCUCAAGGAAAUGUUAAAUUUCAUCUACACGGGCAAGGUGUUUAAUUUGAAUAAAUUGGCCCAGGGUUUGCUGGCCGCUGCUGAUAAGUAUGCUUUAGAAGGACUUAAAAUGAUGUGUGAAGGGGCUCUUAGCGUAAACCUUUCCGCAGAAAACGCUGUCGAAAUCCUAAUUUUGGCUGAUCUACACAGUGCCGCCCAAUUGAAAGCUCAAACUAUAGCUUUCAUCAAAACUCACAUCACCGACGUAAUGGGCACACAAGCUUGGCAAGAUAUGAUCAAAUCGCAUUCACAUUUAAUUGUUGAGGUUUCGCAGGCGUUCUUGAAACAAUAACUGGCUGCACUACUGAAAAAACUGAAAUAAUUGCGUGGUUUCACGACUAACCAUUAUUUACAG